UAAAACAUUUGAUAUUCAUUGUUUUCAUUAAAGGUAUAUUUUGUUUUUAGAUAUCACCAUGGCAAAAUUAUCUGUUCAACAAAUAGAGUUCUAUCAGCAAAAUGGAUAUCUGGUCAUCGGUCAGCUUCUAGACUUUGAAACAUUAUACUCUUACAAGAAAAGAUUUCUUCAAAUAUGCAAUGGUAUUGUACCUAAAGGUCAAAUGACUAUAGCCACUGAGCAUAAAUUGAAAGAUAGUAAGAAGAAACCAGAAGAUUAUACUAAUAAGAUUCAAGACUUUUUGUACGAUGAUGUCCUCUCAACUUAUGCAGAGGACCCUCGAUUAUUGAAUGUGGUGACGCAGCUCAUCGGUGAUGAAGUCAGCGCGAUGCACAGCAUGUUCAUCAACAAACCGCCGGGGACAGACGAACAUCCGCCACAUCAGGAUUUGUAUUAUUUCCCGUUUCGUCCCGCGGACAAGAUAGUGGCGGCGUGGACCGCCGUGGACGCGUGCACCGCGCGCAACGGCUGCCUGUACGUGCUGCCGCGCACGCACCGGCCGCGGCGGCUGUACACGCACGCGUACACCUCGAUACAAAGUAAAUUGUACCAUGGAAUAACGGACCCAACAGUGGCGUUAGAAAAAGACAGGGUACAUUUGGAAAUGAGCCCAGGCGACACUGUCUUCUUCCAUCCUUAUCUGAUUCAUGGAUCGGGACCUAAUAUCACCAAGAACUAUCGCAAGUCUAUAUCGUGCCACUUUGCCAGUAACGAUGUUACGUAUAUAAACGUAGAAGGAACAGUUCAAGAGCCGAUUGCCAAGGAAGUUGUGCAAGAAGCAAAGAGAAGAGGAUUAGAACUGAGCUAUGAGGAUAUUUGGAAAUAUAGGUCUAAACCAGUGAAGACCAUCAAAAGUCAUUUGUGACGUUUCAAGUUUCAAAAUAUUAGCCAUGAUUUAUGUUAUACCCUCGAUCGGUACAGCUACGAAUGUGAUAUAGUCGUAUAAUCUUUUAUUGGCCUCGACGGAUUUUUGUAUAUAAAAAAUAUAACGUUGUAUGAACACUUUAAGCCAAUCUAUUAACUACUUAUACAUCUGUCUUCUUCUGCC